UUAGAAUAUAUAGAUACUGACUUGGAGUUGGCAGAAGGAAAUGCCAGUUUGGAAAUAAAGCACAUAGAAGUGGAAUCUAAUAGUUAUCUAGCUAGAACAGAUAGUUCGAAUCUUAAUGGUACUACAUCAAAUUUAUGGAGACAUUUAAAAAGCAAACAUCAUAUUUCAAGAGCAAUGGUGGAAAGAACAUUAGUAGAGAUAUUUAGCAAAGCAGCAAAAUAUUCAUUCAAUUAUCCAAAGCAAAAAAAACUCAACAGCAAUCUUGCUACUUUUAUUGUUGAAGAACUCCAGUCCUUUUCAAUCCUAAGAUCACAAACUUUAAUAAAAAUAAUAAAGGAUUUGGACUUUCAAGCUAGUACUUCUGAUAAUGAUGAUCCAUACAUUGGAUUUACAUUUCAUUGGGUAAAUAGAGACUUUCAAGUGCGAGAAAUAGUUGGUGAGAUUUCAUACCUCCCAUACUCCCAUACAGCAAAGUGA